GCACGUGCGCCGCCUGCGCCGAGCCCGGGUGCCGGGUGUGCCAGGCCGACGGGGCCUGCCUCGUGUGCAUGGAGCCGCGCCUGCUGCAAGUCCACCCGGUGACCGGGGUGGUGGCCUGCGUGGAGGCCUGCCUGCCGGACCACACGGCGGUCGCCGGGGUGGGCCAGCGGUGCAUGCCGGCCUGGGAGCACGCGGCCACGGAGCUGUCGGUGCCGAGCGCCCUGCAGGACCCCGGGGCCGGCGGGCUGGCCUGCGUGGCCGAGUCCUGGCUGGCGGCCGGCCCGGCCGGCGGGCUGGGGCUGCUGCCGGCCGACACGCCGGCCGACCGGCUGGCGGAGAACCUGCUCGGCUUCCCGGCCGACGGGUCGCCGGUG